CGGGGUUGUGCGCGGCGGAGCGAUUAGUAGCGAUUCAGCGGCAGCAGUGACAACAGUGCGGCAGCGCACCGAUAACGCAAGAAGGAGGAGGAGGUGGUGGAGGAGGCGACGACGAAGGAGAAGAGUCGAAUCGAGUUGAGUUGAGAAGAGAAACGAAGUGAAGUGACAAAGAAAGAGAGGGAGUGGGGCAAAGAGACGAGAAAGUAUGAUCGCUGUUGUCCACUGAACCGUGGCACCGAGGAGCUGCCGUUUCGGGAGGCAGCUGGUCGAGCGUGAGGUCCACGACGACGGGUAUCGAGGGCGCGCGUGCGAGGCUCGCCGCGUGGAACAUGUACGUGACGAAGGUGGCCGACGGCAGUGCGGAAAAGUGGCGAAAACUGUGAGAGUGGUAGUGGUCCGGUGUUGCCGUCGGUGGCGAUAACAGUGGUCGUAAUAGCGGCAGCAACAGCAGCGACUGCGGCGACGGCGACGGCGGUGGCAGCGGUGGCGGCGGUGCGGGCAGUUGCGACGGAGACGGUGAGGAGGUGCUCCGAUGGUACUCCGGUGUACGCGCGUGCGGUGGUAGAGAAAAGUGUCGCGCGCGUGCUUUUCCACUGGUGGUGGUGGUGGUGGUGUGUGCGCGUGUUGCAACGACACGCACUCGGUUGGCGAGGUCGUGUCUCGUCCUCGUCGUUGUUGUCAUCGUCCUCGUCGUCGUCGUCGUCGUCGUCGUCCUCGUCGUCGUCGUCGUCGUCUCCGUCUGUGUUUCACUCCGUCCCAUUGCCGCGCGCCGUCAUCGGCGGAACGGUCGUCGUCUCAUUCGCUCGUGACGAGUCGCUCCGGCGGCAGCGGCAACUCUCCCCCCUCCACGGCGCGCCGUCGCCGUCGUCGACGCUUCUCUCAGUCGCUCUCGCCGGGAGCCACCGCACCGAAGGCGUUUGUGCGACAAGCCAGGGCCAGCUCUGCUACGCAAGAUGGCUGUGUGUCGCUGACGAGAGGCCGACAUAGCGGACGGAGGUACGGACAGACUGUGGAUAAGCGGAACAUGCGGCUACGUGAUCGUCGGGCCCGUCCCUGAAGAGAGAGACACUGGCCAAGAAGUGAGAGGGAAUGUGUGACAUGUUCAUCCAAACACAGCAGACGAGUAGCGUCAACGGCAGCAGCAGCAGCAGCAGCAGCAGCAGCAGCAGUAACAACACCGUUCACCACCACAGCAAGAAGCGCAAGUUGGAGUACAACGUGAGCCAGCCGGUGAUCCAGCACGCAUUGGUCCAAUCGACCGGCGACUACCAAUUGGACAAUACCGGUCUGCAGCAACGGUACUCCGUGAACGGUGCUAAUACCGCAUUUAGCUCGCUGCACAACAAUAAUGCGCUGCAAAAGAGUAGCCCGAACCAGCAGACCCUGGUACGAGCCUCGACGAUCAAGCUCUUAGACACGUACCAACGCUGUGGCCAGAAGAGAAAAACUUGGUCGAGGGAGGGUAAUGGUGACGGUCUGGCAGUCCACUCGGCCAACGCGACGAAUGCGGUGGGUAGUACUGUAGUGUCGCAGCACCAUACCCAACAGCAACAGCAGCUGCAACAACAACAGCAGCAGCAACAGCAACAGCACAAGCAGGCGGGCAUGACGACGCACAGCAAGCAAGUGGCCAACGCGGCCAAUGCAGGCGGUGGCAGCAAUCCCCAGGGCGAUGGGGAUUAUCAUUUAGUACAGCACGAAGUCCUCUACUCUAUGACUAAUCAAUACGAGGUCCUCGAGUUUCUCGGCAGAGGUACUUUCGGACAGGUCGUAAAAUGUUGGAAAAAGGGUACGAACGAGAUAGUGGCCAUCAAAAUUCUAAAGAACCAUCCGUCGUAUGCGCGCCAAGGUCAGAUUGAGGUCUCCAUCCUGUCUCGACUUAGUCAGGAAAAUGCGGACGAGUUCAAUUUUGUGCGCGCUUUCGAGUGCUUCCAGCACAAGUCUCACACCUGCUUGGUAUUCGAAAUGUUGGAGCAAAAUCUCUACGAUUUUCUAAAGCAGAACAAAUUUUCGCCCCUACCUCUCAAAUACAUCAGGCCGAUACUUCAGCAAGUACUCACCGCGUUAUUAAAAUUGAAGCAAUUAGGAUUGAUACAUGCUGACUUGAAACCGGAGAACAUCAUGCUAGUAGACCCAAUACGCCAGCCGUAUCGUGUGAAAGUCAUCGAUUUCGGAUCAGCUUCACAUGUAUCAAAAGCCGUCUGCAACACUUACCUGCAAUCACGAUAUUACCGUGCACCUGAGAUCAUACUCGGACUCCCAUAUUGCGAAGCGAUAGAUAUGUGGUCACUAGGAUGUGUGGUCGCAGAAUUGUUUCUUGGUUGGCCUCUGUACCCGGGCAGUUCUGAAUAUGAUCAGAUUCGGUAUAUAAGUCAGACGCAGGGCCUACCGACAGAGCACAUGCUGAACAACGCCAGCAAAACAACCAAAUUCUUUUACCGAGACAUGGACAGUACAUAUCCAUUUUGGCGAUUAAAGACACCGGAAGAGCACGAGGCGGAGACUGGUAUCAAAUCUAAGGAAGCGAGGAAAUAUAUUUUUAAUUGCCUUGACGAUAUCGGCCAAGUUAACGUACCGACUGAUUUAGAUGGUGGUCAGCUUUUACCGGAAAAGGCGGAUAGGAGAGAAUUUAUUGACCUCUUGAAGAGGAUGCUCACAAUGGACCAGGUAGAGCGCCGUAUAACACCCGGCGAGGCUCUGAACCAUGCGUUUGUUACUUUGGCACACCUAGUCGAUUACGCGCACUGUAACAACGUCAAAGCUUCCGUCCAGAUGAUGGAGGUUUGCAGGCGCGCGGGAGACUUCACCGCGAGUCCAGCGCAUCAUCAGGCCCCGCCAGCGCCGCAGCCACCACCACCAACGUCUUUGGUAGCCAAUUUUGUACCAACCACGAACGGCAGCGCGGUGACUCUCACCUUUAACAAUCAAUUGACCAAUCAGGUGCAGCGAUUAGUUAGAGAGCAUCGCACUGCGCAAACAGGCUACGACAAUCUGUACCAAAUAUAUAGCAACAGCAGUCGACGGGCGACACAAUAUAGCGGUUCAUCCAGUGGAUCUAAUAGUGGACGAAGUGGCGUGCAUGACUUUCCGCAUCAACUGGUACCUGGUAUAUUGUGUCCGCCACCUGGCUACCAAACGAUGCCGAGUCCUGCUAAACACGUAGUUGUCGCUCAAGACUUUGCUUUGCAGCCACCACAAGCGCAACAGGCUCCUCUACAGAUUCAACCGUCGAUUAUAUCGCAGCAAGCCGUAGCUGCAGCGGCCGCGGCUGCUCAGCAACAAUAUGCUGCGGUUCCUGUGUCUAUGGUUGAAACUGGUCGGCAAAUGUUGCUCACCAAUGCCGUGCAGACAUCUUGGCCCGGUGGAAGUCGUCAGAUGGCUGCGAUCGUACCGUCGUGGCAGCAAUUACCGCCGCAACACGCAGCCAUUCAACAACCGCUGCUUAGCGACGCUGGAGACUGGGGGAGGCCACUUAUCGUUGAUAGUUCUGCCAUAUUACAGGAUCAGCGGCCAGUGUUUCCCGUCACAGAAGUGUACAAUGCUAGUGCGCUCGUCGAGCAUCCUUCGCAAAGCUGGGGCAAGCGUACUGUCACGAAACAUCAUCAGCAUCAUGUUACAGUACCAUCUGUACAACAACCACAACAUAGGCAUGAACAUAAGAAGGACACACAACAAUUAAGUCCUGUAAAGAAACGGGUCAAAGAGAGCACACCGCCGAGUAGUAUGAGAAGGCACUCGCCGACGUCGAGCAGUCAUUGGCAGGAGCAGCCGGUGCAAUCGCAUCAUCACAGUAGCAAACACAGCAGCAGUCAUAAUGUGGAACAUCAACAGGUCACCACCGUUCGACAGCAAACCAUCACGAUCCACGAUACACCUUCGCCGGCCGUUUCUGUCAUCACGAUUAGUGACAGUGAGGAUGAGACUCCAGGAAAAUGCUGCGGAGACCGUCAGUGCAGCGCCUGUCAAAGUUUGGCGACUCGCUUAUCGGGCGACGGACGUCCUGUCCGUGAAGAAGUCAUACGAAGCACACAAUCAACGCCGCGCGUCGUGCAGACGACAAUGCAGCAGACACACGCGAGCAAUCAGCAACAUACGAACGGACACGUCGCGACGCAUAAUAGCUCGUCGCACCGGGCGCAGCGCAAGAACGUCAUCAGUUGCGUGACCGUCGGCGACAGCGACGGCGAGGCUAGCCCCAGCCGUACGCACGCCCAUCUGUAUCAACAUCUACCGCAACCUCCGCAGAAUCAGCAGCCCACACAUUUAAUUAAGCACGAGCCACAGCAGCAACAUCACGUUAGCAGUAGCAGCAGUUCAGGAUACUCUUCACAAUCACAAAAGAAGCGAUUGCUAGCGAAAGUACAGUCUGAGUGCAAUAUGGUGAACGUCGCGACGAAACCGGAGCCCGGUGUCGAGUAUCUUGCUCCGCAUCCGUGUCACGCGCCAGCCUGCAAAGAGCCACCGACCUAUCAGGGUGACGCCUAUGACUUGCAUGACUACUUCUUGCAGUAUGUGACCACGAGUAGUGCGCAUCCUCACCUUCAAGAACAGCAUAUCGUGUACACGACUGGCACGGACAAGCGAGUGUCUUGGCCCGGCAAGCGGGCGGAGUACAAGCACGAGUACGUUCAACCACCGGCCGCUCACUCGAGAGACCAUCAAAAGUGGGUCGUGGCUAAUCCGGUGCAUCAAUACAGGCAGAGCCAGGUAGUGGGUUCGGCAGCUCAUCCGAGCCACACCCACAGCCAUCACGGACAUCCGGCUCACCUGAGUCCUGGUGGCGGUGGCGGCGGUAGAAGUCCUGCCAGCGGUGCCGUGAUAGGGAGUGCCCAGCAUCUGGGACAACCCCUUUACCAGGAAUACGCUCAUGUACGCUCGAGGGCUCACGCAGUACCACCGCCUGUGUACGUUACCGCUGCACCCUCGCAGGCUGCCACUGCUAUCCAGCAACAACAAGUGCCCACCUAUCAGGGAUUUACACCCGGCACAUUUUGGAACGCAGCUUAUGGACGACACACGGCUCGUGAUGACAAUUGCUGAGGACAAAAUACUUGAGAUUGUCGUAAGUCGAUGAAAGAAAUAACUACUUGAGAAAUUGGGAAUAAUGAGUCGACACAAAUGAAAUUUUAUUUAUUAUCGUUGCUAAAAUACUUAAAGCAAUAUGAGCGUGUGUGCUCUUCGCGAACGUUGAUAAUUAUUAUUGUUUAUAUCCAAAGUAUGAAACGGAUGACGCACAGAAGAAUAUAAGCAGUAACACAGCCCCGUAUUAAUAGUUGUUACUUGAAACUUUUCUCAAGAGAGAUUAUUCAGAUUUGAAAAUUUAAACCCGUAGGAAAAUAGGCAGCGAAUAAAACUUAUAACAUUGAAAUCCGACCAAUUCUUAUUAAUUUUGCCACAUAUGAAAAAAUGCCUGCUUUUCUACGCUCUGUAUCAUGAUCGCAAAUCAUGAUUGCAAAUGCCGCGUACAUCAUGUAAUUCAAUUGAAAAAAUCUGAAAAUUCUAGACUAGUAUCUCACAUAAGAUAAGUUUCAAGUAAUGAUUAUUAAUACAGACCUUAAGCAGUAAGCGAAUUCAAUAAUUAUAUCUGAGAUUUAUGAGAGACAAUUAUAUUGAAAUUUUCGACUAUAAUUGAUCAAUUCGCUUCCAGUCUUACUAAGUCGUGUUGUUUAUGUUUUUCUGUGAGACAGUCCUAAAUCGGAGAAAUUCGCGAAACAUACAUGAUGUUUCUUAAAAAAAAAAUAAAUUGUCUAAUAUUUUAAGAGUUGAUUUUUGAGAUCAUUUUAUGAAAAAAAGUUUAUAUGAACAUAUGGUUUCAAAAGCCUUAUUUCAGAGAGAGAUAAAGGAUGUUAAAACUUUUGUAAAAUUAUCUUUUUUUUUAAUAAUUUCUAAGCAAAAAGAGAUUUUCUUUUUUAAACUGGGAUAAAAACUAUUCUUGAUAGAUCUUGAUAAAGUCAUUAAAAAUAUCUUUAACACUCUAUAUCUCUUUGAAGCUCUUGAGACUAUAUGUUCGUAUGAACUUUUCUGCAUAAAAUUAUAUAAAGAAUCAACUUCUAAGAUAUUGGACAGUACUUAAAAAACAUCAUUGACGUUGAUAAUCGACAGUUAUGUAACAUAUAUGCGUCCACAGUAUUCAAAGGGUUAAGAGUAGGGAGUGGAAAAUUUUAUAUCGAUAUGUAGACCCUCGCAUACGUACAGAGCGUAGCGUAAUUUUUUUAUCAUGUGGAAUACGUUAUAUAUGGUUUCGAAAGUAGGAGAGGCCAAGCACACCGACUUCCUGUUAGCGAGCAGUUUUGAGCGCGGGAUCUUGUGAAACGUCCAAGUUGUGUCGAUUGUACUCCUGAGUUUAUCCUCGAGAGUAUGCACCGUUCGAAAACGAUCUAUAUUAUAAACAAAAUGUAUGAUUUCCUUUUUUUUAGAGCUUUAUGGAGACUUUCUAACGUGC